AUAGGCGUCAGCGUAUCAUCGGGUAAUGAUACGCUGGCCGCGGACUCGCGUCCUCAACUCGGCCCAGUCGCGCCCUUUUCCCCCACCGAUCCAACGGUGCCGCCGAGUCUCCGUCCGGUGCUUCUCCUCCCUCCCUCGCCUCUUCCCAGCCGUCCGUGUAUAUAUAGGUUUCCAUAACCCUUCCCAUCUCCCCUCUGCGAAGCUUCUUUCCACUUUCUCCUCCCCUUCCCGUGCCCGGCGCCGCUCUCUGCCGCCUCCGAUGGAGCCCGCCGAUGAUUCCUCGGUUGUGUCCGAGACCUCUUCCGCAGAAGACUACGUCCACGUUUCGGAACCCGCCGCCGACGAGCCGGCUCCUAACCCUAACCUUGCGGCGCAAACCGUACUCGAUUCUGGCAUCCUUUCCGAGGCUUCGAGUGGUGGAGGAUCAGGAGGCGGCGAGGGGUCUGCGGAAGAAGGGGCAGCGGAGGGGAAGAAGGUUUUGCCGGAGGAUCUGGCGAAGGGCGUGCUGUUCUUGCAGUGCGAGUCGUCGGCUGAGGGGGGAUCCUGUGAUGUGUACCUUGUCGGGACGGCCCAUGUAUCUCAGGAGUCUUGCAAAGAAGUUCAGGCCAUCAUCAGUUACUUGAAACCUCAGGUUGUUUUUCUGGAGCUGUGCUCAAGCAGGGUUGCCAUUUUGACUCCUCAGAAUCUUCAGGUUCCCACUGUGAGUGAAAUGAUUGACAUGUGGAAGAAAAAGAAGAUGAAUACCUUUGGGAUUCUCUAUAGCUGGUUUCUUGCCAAGGUUGCUCACAAGCUUGAAGUGUUCCCUGGCUCUGAAUUUCGAGUAGCAUUUGAAGAAGCAAUGAGUUAUGGAGGCAAAGUGAUACUGGGUGACCGUCCUGUUCAGAUUACUUUACGAAGAACAUGGGGGAAGAUGACACUGUGGCAUAGAGCAAAAUUCUUGUACUAUAUACUCUUCCAAACAAUCUUUUUACCUAGUUCUGAUGAUCUGAAUAAGAUGUUGAAGGAAAUGGAUGAUGUUGAUAUGUUGACCCUCUUCAUUCAAGAGAUGAGCAAGGCAUUCCCUACUCUGAUGGAGACGCUUCUUCAUGAGCGUGAUAUGUACAUGUCAUCGACAUUAUUGAAGGUUGCAAGAGAACAUUCUUCAGUUGUUGCAGUUGUUGGCAAAGGGCAUUUAUCUGGAAUAAAGAAGAACUGGGAACAGCCCAUAGAGAUAAAGCGUCUGCUGGAGGUUCCUACACAAAGUGUCGGUCCAUCAAGAACAAAAAUUUUAGCAUCUGUUGGCGUCGCGCUGACUGGGGUUGCUACUGCUGUCUACCUUCUGGGCAGGAGGUGAAUGUGUGGAAGGGUCAAUCAUUUAGAGUUUUAGAUGAAAGAAAUGCACUUUAAGAGGGCUGACAAAUCAUGUGAUACAUACGUUCCAAACAGCAAGAAAAAAUGGUAAUUUGCUAAGCUUUGGCAAUGAUACUAGGAUUUUAUUAUAAUCGAUUCUUUACCUUGUUAUAGAUCCUUGCAUGGA